CAGUUAAAGCCAGUGGUAACGUGACUGAUCCGGAAAUGCAGCCACGUCGCCAGGAGAAUCAGGAAGAUAUUUAUUAAUUUCACUUUACACCAGUUUUUUGUUCAACGACUGCAAAAAUGGCUGAGUUUGAGGAGGUAACCCAGAAGUCUGCUCACCACCCCAAACCUGUAGGGCUGGUUCUACAGUAUGGCACAGCAGGGUUCCGGACCUGUGCUAAGAAGCUAGAUCACAUCAUGUUCCGAAUGGGUUUACUGGCCACGCUCCGCUCCAAGAAGACUAAGGCUACCAUUGGGGUCAUGGUCACAGCCUCACACAACCCUGAGGAGGACAACGGGGUGAAGCUGGUUGACCCCAUGGGGGAGAUGGUGACCCCCGCAUGGGAGGGCUAUGCCACCGAGCUAGCCAACGCCGAGCAGGAGGGGCUUCUCCCCACUCUGAAGGACCUAAUCGAGAGAGAGGCCAUCGACAUGGCCCAGGAAGCCAACGUGUUUGUGGGCAAAGACACCAGGUGCAGCAGUGAGAGCCUGUCCAAGGCAGUAAUGGAUGGGGUCUGUGCGCUUGGAGGACACUGUAAAGACAAUGGCUUGGUGACCACUCCUCAGCUGCACUACCUGGUGUGCUGUCAGAACACCCAGGGUCGCUAUGGCGAAGCCACAAUCAAAGGUUACUACCAGAAACUCUCCCAGGCUUUCAUCCAGCUCACUAAAAACGUGCCUAACCGUACAGAUGACCAGAAGACCCUGCUGGUGGACGGGGCUAAUGGUAUUGGUGCUCUGAAGGUAUCUGAGAUGGAGACCUACCUGAAGAAAGAGCUGCAGCUAUCCCUCUUUAACGACGGCUCCAGUGGCAAACUCAACCACCUGUGUGGUGCAGACUUUGUCAAAGUACAGCAGAGAGCUCCUAAAGGUGUGGAAAUUAGUGCUGGGGAGCGUUGCUGUUCGUACGACGGAGAUGCUGAUCGUAUUGUGUAUUACUACACCGACUCAGCCAGUCGAUUCCACCUCCUCGACGGAGACAAAAUCGCCACCCUCAUCAGCACAUACCUCAAAGACCUGCUUACACAGGCUGGCCUUGACCUGCAGAUAGCUGUGGUACAGACAGCAUAUGCUAACGGCAGCUCUACGCGCUACCUUGAAGAUGUCAUGAAGGUGAUAGUCAGGUGCACCAAGACUGGAGUUAAACACCUGCAUCACGCAGCCCAGGAGUUUGACAUUGGGAUUUAUUUUGAGGCCAACGGACAUGGGACUGUCCUUUUCAGUAAACUGGCAGAGGAGAAGAUCCAGCAGCUAGCCCGGGACUCCAACGCCAACGACGAGAGGAAGAGGGCCGCGUUCACACUGCACAACACGAUCAACCUCAUCAACCAGACAGUCGGGGAUGCCAUGUCUGACAUGCUGCUGAUCGAGGCUGUGUUAGCCAUCAGGGGGAUGACAGUGCAGCAGUGGGACGCCAUCUACACGGAUCUGCCCAACAGGCAGCUCAAAGUCAAGGUGGCAGACCGGCGGGUGAUCGACACCACCGAUGCCGAGAGGAGGACUGUGCGUCCAGAGGGGCUGCAGGAAGCCAUAGACCUGCUGGUGAAGAAGUACAGACGGGCGCGCUCAUUCGUGCGGCCGUCUGGCACAGAGGAUGUGGUCCGAGUGUACGCCGAGGCUGACACACAGGAGAGCGCUGAUGCCCUGGCACAUGAAGUUAGCCUGGCAGUGCACCAGCUUGCAGGAGGAGUGGGAGAGGAACCCAAACCUUUAUAAACACACUGUGCGAUUUGUAAGAUCGAUUAGUCCUAUGAUUCUUUCACAUUCCUUUAAAGACAAAUUCCUGAACCAUGACUGUACCUAAAGUUUCUAUUCUUGUGCCAAAUGGUUUUAUACUGGACACUGCCUUUAAUACUUUAAGACCUUUCUGUGAGUCUUUGCAAUGGGAUUAGUUUCAGACAAUGUGAAGUCAAGAGAAUCACUGUUUUGGAAGGUGACUGGAGCAUAUUCUAAUUAUGGUUGAACCUGUAAUCCUUUUUUUUUUUUUUUUUUAACCCAGCCAUAACCCUGUCAAUUAAGUGGUUUUGGGUGAUCCUCAUGUAAUUAUGUAAAUGUUGAUUUGUUGCACUGUUUGGAAUGGACCUGAACUGGAAAAACUGCUGCUAUGAAAUUGUUUACCACCAUGUAACUAGGAAAACAGAAAUUGACAUAUUACUGAUGCGGUUUGAUUUUAACAUAACAUAUUUUUGGAAAUCAUCACAUUUGCUUCAGAGUUGCUUUGCUGAUAGAUUUUAUUAUUGGUUGCUUGUAGAUAGAGAUGGUUCUCAGACACACAGGGAGCUCAAGCUUAUGGAAAGGCAGUGUGAGGCUCAGAAAGGAAUUUAGUGCAGACAGAGACACUUUGAAGGAGACCAGAGGAACCUUGGGCAUUAACUAUCCUAGGGGCCUGAGAAGGGCUCCAAGGAAGGAAGGGCUUAGCAUUUAAUCCUAAGGUGGUUUUGGAGCAGCGUUUCUUGGCAUCCAGCUCUACUCCUCAUCUAUGUAGUCAGCAGCCCCAGAGAUGAUAAUGGUGCGUUCCUGUGUGUCUCUCUCAUACGUGUCUGCGUCGGUUUUAACUGUUCUGAGAAAAAAUGGGAAAACGAUAGGAAAAGGGGGGGGGGCAGGUUGAAAAAGACGGUUGGUGACAUGCAAUUGCAUACGAAUGUGAUAGACUAUAUGCAUAUCGUUUUAGGGGGGGGAUAUUAUGAGUAAUUUGAAUGACAUCUUCCAGCAUGAUUUAAGUUGAUGACUCCAGCUUGCUCUACCUCAUGAGAACAGUCUUCCGCUCCGUCAUCUCCACUGACUGUUCAUCAUAGCUUUCUGUCUUGCUUCCUGACAAUAUCGCCUCCGCCCCUCUGUCUGGGGCCUCUUUGGUUUUUCUGCUGUCGUCGUCAGAGGUGGAGCUAGCGCCCAUCCUAGCACUGAUGACCAUGCCUCCUCUCCCCAGGGACAUGGUCUGGACCAGGGUGCUGAGACGGAUGUCCUCGCCCUCAAUGAGCGCCCUGACAAAUUAACCACAGAGAAGACGUGAGCUAUGUACAUUACAAGUACGGCAGACCACAUAACAAAAGCUUUGCAGUCUCUUUCUGUCUCCUGUUUUUAAUCAAUUCCAGGAAGCUGACAAACUCAAAAGUGAUGAAAGCAAACAACGAGCAGAAUCUGGUUUCACAUGUCAUUUUUUUUCUUCAACAAGAGCAAAUAAGUCAUACAAAAGGCCUGUUUAGACUGUACAGGAGUUUGUCACCUGUAGGUGGUGAUCUCCAUCUCCAGGGCCAUCUUUACGUUGAGCAGCUCCUGGUACUCCCUCAGAAGCAAAGCUAUCUUCUCCUUCAUCAUCUUCAGUUCCAGC